CCGUUAGUCAUCCUAUCAAUUACUCGUCGAUAAAAAAAAAAGAGUAAAUUCAGCUAAUCCUCUUAUCCCACCAACCAAGAUUCUUGUAUAAAAAGCAUCUAUGUAAGAUGCCAUUGAGAAUUUUGUCCCACAGAAUUCUCUUAGUAGUCAAGAGAUCGAUCUUAGGAUAUCUGCAAAGGUAGAAGGUAGAUACUACUUUGAUUCAAAUUCGGGCAGAGGAAGACUGAUUUAGAGGGGUAAUACAAAAUGUCCACACCAACGAAUUCAGACCAGCCCCCGAUCGCUGCUGGCGCUGCCUCUCCCGAGGGUCUUGCACCGAUGAUUGAGAGUAUGCGUUGUGCCCUCAUCGGUGAAGAAUCUCCUUUCUUUCCAUCACUGCGCCCACGGGUGGAGUAUUCUACCGCCGACAAUGCCGAGUUGUCACAGACAAAAAGGAGAAUAUUCCCCGAGUUGUCACCGAGCGAACACAACGUACAAGAGUCCACGCCAGCUCCUCUCCCAGUCGCCGCUACCACUCCACCCGCAGUCAUUUUAUCGCCCCAAGGGGCAGUUGCUUCUGCACCUGGGGCAAUUUCUUCUACAACUGCCCAAGGCGAAGUUGCUUUUGCGGCUGCCCAAGAGGCAGUUGCUUCUACGGCUGCCCAACUUGGGGCAGUUGCUUCUACGGCUACUCAAGGGGAAGUUGCUUUUGCGGCUGCCGAAGGGGCAGUUACUUCUGCGGCUGCCCAAGGGGCAGUUACUUCUGCGGCUACCCAACCUGGGACAGUUGCUUCUACCGCCACCACUCCGCCCACAGGCAUUUUAUCGCUCCAGGGGGUUGUUGCUUCUGCCGAGGUUGUUGCCACUCCACCCACCAACAUUUUAUCACCCCAAGAAGGAGUUGCUUCUGCCGCUGCCGCUUCUGCGGCUACCCAAUCUGGGGCAGCCUCAGUGUCUGCCCAACCUGGGGUAGUUGCUUCUGUGGCGUCCCAACCUGAGACAGCCUCGGUGUCUUUCCACCCUGGAGCAACUUCGGUGCCUGGCCAACCUCGGGCAGCCUCAGUGCCUGCCCAACCUGGGGUAAUUGCUUCUGUGGGGUCCCAACUUGGGGCAGCCUCCGUGUCUUUCCACCCGGGAGCAACCUCGGUGCCUGGCCAACCUGGGGCAGCCUCAGUGCCUGCCCAACAUGGGGUAGUUGCUUCUGCAACUGCCCAACCUGGGGCAGCCUCGGUGUCUUUCCACCCAGGAGCAGCCUCGGUGCCUGGCCAAACUGGGGCAGCCUCAACGUUUUCUGGGAAGAGACCUCGAGGUAGACCCGUUGGUUCCAAGAACAAGCAAAAAUCGAAACCACAACCGAAACCUAUAACUGUUGAUGGAGCUCGGGAAAUUGUUUCAGGAUCAGCAAUUUCUAGAUUUACACCACAUGAAUUUUUUGUGAAAGCCGGAGAGGGAGGUAACUUGCUUGGCACGGCUGUAAGCACGAAUUCAGAAGAACAUGCAAAGUCUCAUACCAAACCAGUUAUCACUCUAACUGGGGCUGCUGAAAAAUGUGCAAUUGGACCGCCUCUUGGUUUGGUUGACAUAGGCGAAAGUGAAAAUGCAUAUCUUUUUCGUGUUGCACUUCCUGGCGUGAGACACAAAUGUAAUAUAAAAUGUGACAUACAGAGAGAAGGGAGAGUCCGGAUAGAAGGUGUGGUUGCAGAGAGUGAGGUUUUGAAAAAGUCACCCAAGGGUUAUGAGAUGAAAGUUCAGCAGCUUUCUCCUCCUGGUCCUUUUACUGUAUCGUUCAGUUUGCCAGGACCUGUUGAUCCCAGACUAUGUUCCCCACAUUUUAGAGCAGAUGGCAUUCUGGAAGUCAUUGUAAUGAAAUACCGGAUACCUCUUGUUUCAGCUGAAGGUUUGCCCGAGAAUUGGUACAAUGGCUCUUUCACCCCAGCUCCUUGAAUUCCAGUUGGUUCACCUUCCCCUAAGAAACAUGGGAUUAAUUUGUUUCGUAACUUUUCUCAUGAAUAUAGCACAACAUUAACAACUUACCAACUUCUGGGGGCCAUACCUGUACAACAAGGGAUUUUGCAUUAUAUGUUUCAUUGGAAAUUUUGGCUAUGCUGACUUGAUUUUGAACGAAGUGUACUUUUGUGGACAUCUUUUCCAUCUUUAUCUUGGUCUAUGUUUUCUAUGUCUACCAUCAGCUUAAUGCGAGUCCACUAUUUGCCUGACAAGAUUUUUUAAGAAUUCAGCUACAUGAUAUAUAUCUAAAUGCUG